CAUAUUUGGCGCGGUGGUACAGAACGUGUCUGACCUUGCCGGAGUUUGUUGUUCGUUUCCCGAUUUUUCUUGCCGGAUUAUUGUCGAUUUUCGACCACACCAUAUCAACAGAAUGGCAGAUUAUUCAGCUUCUCUGGACAGAACAGUUUUGCAGUCGUAUAUGGACUUGCCCUCAGAUGGGAGGGUACAGUGUACAUAUGUGUGGGUUGAUGGGACAGGUGAAAAUGUACGGUGUAAGACGAAAACAGUAGAUGAGGAACCACAAUUGCCAAGUGAUCUUCCCACUUGGAACUAUGAUGGAUCAAGUACAUGGCAGGCCGAGGGUUCCAACAGUGACAUGUACAUCGUCCCAGUGGCUCUGUUCAAGGAUCCCUUCCGCCGGGGAAAGAACAAGCUUGUCAUGUGCGAGGUUCAGAAGUACGACAAAUCACCUGCAGAUACCAACUUCAGAUAUUCCUGCAACAAAGUGAUGGAAGCUGCCAAGGAUGCAGCCCCCUGGUUCGGCAUUGAGCAGGAGUACACGCUGCUGGCCCAGGACAAGCACCCCUUUGGCUGGCCAAAGUUGGGCUACCCUGGACCCCAAGGUCCAUACUACUGCGGUGUGGGUGCUAACAAGGUCUUUGGUCGACCCAUUGUGGAGGCCCACUACAAGGCCUGCCUGUAUGCUGGUGUCAAAAUAGCGGGCACCAAUGCCGAGGUGAUGCCAGCCCAGUGGGAGUACCAGGUGGGGCCCUGUGAGGGCAUCUCCAUGGGCGACCACCUCUGGAUCUCCCGCUUCAUCAUGCACCGCGUCUGUGAGGACUUCGGUGUGAUUUGCACGCUAGACCCCAAGCCCAUGGAAGGCGACUGGAACGGUGCCGGUGCCCACUGCAACUACAGCACUAAGCCUAUGAGGGAAGAUGGUGGCAUUGUGCACAUCAAGAAGGCCAUUGAGAAGCUUGGCAAGCGUCACGAUGAGCACAUCCGCGCAUAUGACCCCAAGAAUGGAGAGGAUAAUGCCAGGCGGUUGACGGGCAAGCAUGAGACAUCCAGCAUUCAUGACUUCUCCUCCGGUGUUGCUAACCGCGGCUGCAGCAUUAGAAUACCACGGCAGGUUGGAGAGGAUAACAAGGGAUACCUUGAAGAUCGCCGCCCGUCCUCCAACUGUGACCCCUACAGGGUUACGGAAGCUCUGGUCAGGACAACAGUGCUGGAUGACUGGGAGUCCAGCUUUUAAUGCUUGAAUUGACUGGCAAAUUUUACACAGAUUGGCUAGAACUCUGUCCAUUCUUUGCCCAAAGCUCAGGCAAAGCUUGAUAAACCCUGGAGGCAUCCUCUAUAUUUAACAGUAGCCCAUUUGGGACCAUUAAAAACACACUCAUUGUAUAAAUGUAUAUAAACUCCAGCUCUUCCAAAUGGGAAAAUCAAGGGAAAGUUACUUGACACACUCUGAAUUUAGUUUAACUGUUUCUCGUGUCGAACUUGGAUGUUUGUGUGAUUUGUUGAAAUUUUAAGACUGGUACAUGUAUUAAGAUUUCCAUUGUAAGGUUUCGUUUAGUAUUGAGACAUGCCUUGCCCAACAUUAUGUGAACACACUCGUUAUGGAUACAUCAGCUUUUAAACUUGCACGGUUUCAUUAAUACCAAUGCUUAAUGUAUUUGAAAAUGGACAAAGCCAAUGAACGUAUAUGUACAUGUAUUCACUAGAAGCAGAUUUAGCAGUGUCCAAACCAAGUAACGAAUAUUCCUUAACCAAAUUCACAUUUUGUAGAUGCCCUCUCGAGAUAAAAUGGAUUAUGUAUGUACAGUACAUGUAAAUAUGAUUGCUGGGCAUAUAUUCACUGGCAGGGUAUUGUGCUGAAAUGGGAAAACUCGACCUGUGUGGAAUUUUUGGUCACAAUGUCGGACGUAGAAGUGAAAAUAUUUCCUCUCUUUUUUCUCGUGUCCGUGCGAGUGAACCGUUUCGAGGAUAGUGUGUGGGCUUUAAUUUCCUUGGACCGGUUUGCGCAUAUUUUCUGUUAAAGGUAUUUGAUGUAUUUUUAUCCAAUAAAAGAUACAGAUGUUGUAAAGGA